UACAGAAAUCGAUAGUACAAAUAAUUUAUAAAUAAGUAAAGUAUGUACAUAUUAAAAAAAAUCGGAUUUUGAUCAAAUUAACAAUAAACUGUAAAAAAAGGAAAAAGGUGGUAGAGUGUUUUUAUUCUUUAUCGACUUGAGUUUUACUUUUUUUACGGUCAUUAUUGACUAUUGAGCCGGGGCUGCCUUCCGUGUCGGCAUUUUCACAUAACAAAAUCGCAUUCAAAGACGUUUUUGUUCUUUGUCUUCGUUUAGUUUUCCCAUAAACGGCCCAUUUGGUCAAUUCCAGAGUUUUAGAGAUUUGAAGAAAACCGAGGUAUAAAUUAAAUUGCUAGAUGGCUGAUAACCGUGAACUUCCGUCUGAUAGCGAAUCCGAGGAUGAGGAUUACAUGCCAGAAGGCGUGUCCGAUGUGUCUGAAGAAUCGGGCAGUGGCAGCGAAGAAGAGCCAGACGCCAGCACUGAAGGAGGUGGCCGGAAGCGCAAAAAGUCAUCGGCUAAAAAAAGCAAGAAGAGGAAGGCAGAAGAAAAGGAAAAUAAUGAAGAAGAGACCAUAAAGAAAGAAUCGGUGGAAGAGCUAAAAAAGAAAUCUGAUGCUCUAUGGGCCGAAUUUAUGAAACCUGUUGAAAGUAAAAAGGUUAAGGAGGAGGAUAGUAGGGUGUCUGGUUUGACGGAUGAGAAAGAAAACUCUGAGCAUACCGAACCAGAAGCGUCUAAGGUCAAGGUGACCCAAGUGUUCGACUUCGCCGGCGAAAAGGUGCAAGUCGAGAAGGAAGUGAACGUCAAGUGCCAACGGGCGCAGUCUUCGACCAGGGGAUGCGGCCGGGGACGGGGCGGCAUCGCAUCGAUCCUCGGCCAGCUCGGCAAGAAGGGCAAGCUGAGCACACUGGAAAAAAGCAAGCUAGACUGGGACAGGUUCAAGAAGGACGAGGGGAUCGACGAAGACCUCGAGAUGUACAACAAGGGCAAAAAUGGCUACUUGGAAAGGCAGGAUUUCCUCCAACGUACAGACCUGAGACAGUUCGAAAUCGAAAAGAACAUGAGAGAGGCAAAACGUUCCUUCAAUCGGUGAAUUUUUUAUUUUAUUAUUAAUAAAAUCCAUUCCAGUUUGUACAUACUUAACUAAUUAUAAUUUAAUAAAAGCAUCUUUGAGACUGUC